UCCACCGUUUGCAAUUUUGCCCAGGUGGAGCGUAUAAGAUGGCGACGACAAAACCCUAACCGCUCCAUAAACCUUGAAACCAGUUAAACAUCAGACUAAUUCACUCCAAAAUGGUUCGCAGCAUCAAAAACCCUAAGAAGGCCAGGAGAAAAAACAAGGCAAAGAGUGGGGAUGGGUCAUCUUCGUCUUCUUCAGCACAUUCGAUGCCUACAAAGGUGUGGCAACCAGGCGUGGACAAGUUGGAGGAAGGAGAGGAGCUGCAGUGCGACCCCUCUGCCUAUAAUUCUCUUCACGCGUUUCACAUUGGCUGGCCCUGUUUGAGCUUUGACAUAGUACGGGACUCUUUGGGGUUGGUUCGGACUGCAUUUCCACACACAUCUUAUUUUGUUGCAGGGACUCAGGCUGAAAAAGCUUCCUUGAAUGCUAUUGGGAUAUUUAAAGUGUCUAACAUUUCUGGUAAAAGACGUGAGUUAAUGCCUAGCAAACCAGCAUCUGGUGAUUCUGAAAUGGACAGUGAAAGUGAGAGUGAUGAAGACAGCGACGAUGAGGAAGAUGGCGGAUCUGGGAUACCUGUUUUGCAGUUACGUAAGGUAGCUCAUGAAGGAUGUGUCAAUCGUAUAAGAGCCAUGGUACAAAAUCCACAUAUAUGUGCAUCUUGGGCAGAUACUGGUCAUGUGCAGAUAUGGGACUUCAGUUCGCAUCUAAAUGUUUUGGCAGAGUCAGAGAAAGAAGUUAGCUUGGGAGGUUCUUCAGUUUCUAGCCAGAAACCGCUAAUGAAGUUUGGGCACAAAGAUGAAGGCUAUGCUAUUGAUUGGAGUCCUCUUGUACCUGGACGGCUCGUAUCUGGGGAUUGCAAGAGUACUAUACACUUGUGGGAGCCUACAAGCGGGGCAUCUUGGAAUGUUGAUGCCACCCCAUUCAGUGGACAUGCUGCAAGUGUAGAAGACCUACAGUGGAGCCCAACUGAAGCUGAUGUGUUUGCUUCUUGUUCUGUUGAUGGCAAUAUUGCGAUAUGGGAUACCCGCCUAGGGAAAUCACCAGCAGUUUCGUUUAAGGCACAUAAAGCAGAUGUAAACGUUAUCUCUUGGAACAGGCUGGCUAGCUGUAUGUUGGCAUCUGGAAGUGAUGAUGGGACGUUUUCCAUCCGGGAUCUUAGAUUGCUAAAGGAGGGAGAGCCGGUGGUGGCACAUUUUGAAUACCAUAAACAUCCUGUGACAUCCAUCGAAUGGAGCCCGCAUGAGGCCUCUACUUUGGCAGUUUCAUCAUCAGACAACCAAUUAACAAUAUGGGACCUGUCUUUAGAAAAGGAUGAGGAAGAGGAAGCAGAAUUCAAAGCCAAAACAAAAGAGCAAGUGAAUGCUCCAGAAGAUUUACCUCCUCAACUCCUCUUUGUUCAUCAGGGUCAAAAAGAUUUGAAGGAACUUCAUUGGCAUCCCCAGAUUCCAGGGAUGAUUGUUUCUACUGCCGGAGAUGGUUUUAACGUCUUAAUGCCUUCAAACAUACAAAGUACCCUUCCAUCGGACACUGCUUGAAAGUUGAAUUUGGUCCUUGUCAUGUUUCCUGGGACAUCCUGUUGACGCUUGUCUGAUAUGCAUUCCUCAAAGUCACAUUGACUCUGAUAAUAUGGAUCAGUUUCUGCCAUGAUGAAUUAUAUAUGGCUUAAGAGAGGUCUACACCUUUUAGUCCUAUUUCAGUAUUUCUCAACGCUUUUUGGUUGUGCAUCUUGAAUUUCUGCUUCUUCUUUUUUUCCCCCUUUUUCUUUUGAAUAAGGAUAAUUUACUGCUGCUUUGGAGUUUUCAGAGGAAGCUUCUAGUGGUUUUGGUUC